AUGUUUACUUAUUCAUUCGAAAUAUUAUCAUCUGUUGAUACGUCAACAACAACAACUGAAAAUACAAUAAAAUUAGGUGUUAAUAAAGAUACAUGGAAAAUAUUUACAAAUUUUUUAACAAUGAAUAUUGAUUUUUAUCAAUAUAAAAGAUUAAAUAUAGAUCCUCAUGAUGAUUUACUUGGUAAUCGAUAUAUGAUAACAAAAAAAUUAGGAUUUGGUGUAUCAUCGAUGGUUUAUUUAUUAGAAAGAAAUAAAGAUAAUCAUUCAAUUGAAGAUUCACCAUAUUAUGUAAUGAAAGUAUUAAAAGAAAGUGAAUGUUCAAAAUGUUUUCGACAAGAAAUUAAAAUGGCAAAAAAAUUAAAAGAAUUUAAUGAUUUAAAUAAAUUUCAUUUAUUUUUUCAAGAUCUUCUAUAUUCAUUAUCUUCAGGUAAAGCAUUUGUCUUUUGACUUUUUCUAUAGAUUCAAAAUUUGUCAUAAAAAAUAAUGUUGAAUUUAUAAUUCUUCAAUAUAAUUUGUUUGAACAAGAUGACUUCGAAUGAAAUGAAUGCUUUUUUAUCUUUUUGGUGAUAUAUUAAAAGAAUACAAAGAUAAAUAUCUAGAUGAUUGCAAUCGAUUGAAUAUAAGACUUAGUUUUGGUUUUUAGAUCUUUUUCAAGUAUAUAAAACAAGGCAAAUAAGAAUAAUUAUACAAGUUUAUUUUCAUGUACAUAUAUGUAUAUAAUUGUAAGAUAUAAAAUCAUCAGACGAUGCUUGAUAUUGUAAUUUCAGAAUAAAACUAUAAGGUUUUGUCUUAGAUGAAAAUACAUAUAAAUUGAAGCAACAUUUUAAACAAGGAUAAUGAUGUUUAAUAAAAUAUUUGUUGUAAAAAAUAACACGAAAGAAUCAUCAUUUCAAAUAAGAUUAGUUGAAAAAAAAAGAG